UGCCUUUCCCCCAGGAACGAUUAUUUGGAUGGGAAGCAUCAAGAUGGAGGAGCCAUGGUGGAAAGGAGACCUUGCAGCAGAGAUUCAUCACACUCUGAGGCUGAAGGAGCUGAAACUCCCUGUGUACAAGGCCCAUUCUUCACAAAUGGGGAUGCGGCGCUACUUGGCUGACCUCUUGACUAUCCUCAGCAGCCGCUGCCAACUCUGUCCCACGGCUCGGCACCUCGCCAUCUACUUGCUGGACCUUUUUAUGGACCGCUAUGACGUUGCCGUCAAACAGCUGUGCGUUAUCUCGAUCGCUUGCCUCCUCCUUGCAAGUAAAUUUGAAGAGAAGGAGGAUAGAGUGCCCAAGCUGGAGCAGCUGAACAGCUUUGCCUACAUGUGCCGCCUCAACCUGGUGCUUACGAAGAAAGACCUGCUGAAGAUGGAGCUGCUGCUCUUGGAAAGCUUCAACUGGAACCUUUGCCUGCCGACCCCAGCGCACUACAUUGACUACUACCUCUUGGCCUCUGUUAGCGAGACUGACCUGCACAAUGGCUGGCCUAUCACGUCUGUGACCAAAGUCAGGGCUUUCAUGGCGAAAUACGCUCACUAUUUCCUGAAAGCCUCGCUGCAAGAUCACGUUUUCCUCUCCUUCCGGCCUUCUCUGGUUGCUGCUGCUUGUGUGGGCGCCUCCCGCACCUGCCUUGAGUUAUCUCCCUCUUGGACCACACAGCUCGAGCUGCUGACGUGUUAUUCCUGGGAGCAUCUCGCCACAUGCAUAGAAAUGAUGCUCAUAACUCACGACAAGGACAUCAAAGAAGCCAGUAAGGAUCAAAUGACAGUCCUGCAGCAGCAGCAGCAAAUUGCGGAACGCCUCGCCCUGCAGACCCCCACUCAAGUCCUCUUUCAGCAGUCAAGGUAUCACCCUGUGGCACAGCACUCAGCGUUCCUCUCGCAUUUCCACUCUCCGAUACAGGAUCUGUGCUCUGCUUACCGGGACUCUUUGCAAGCUCCGCAACCCAGUGGCCUUGCUUCGGGGAGCAGCAACGAUUCACUGCACUCCUACUCCGCCCUGCCGGCCAGCUUCCCGCCCGUUAUGCAAACUGUGUCUAUUCAUGGGCCCAUUAAGGUGCAGGUCGCCAUUUCGACCGAGCCGAGGCACUGCCUCUCUCUGACAUACGGCAGCAGUUAUUUCAGUAGGCAUCACUCGUACACGGCAGGUUGUUUUGACAGCUGA